GCAAAGCUGCCCAGCACAUGUUGCAGCUCAGCCUCGAGUAAGGGCUUGCAGUGUUCGUGAAAUGGUGGAGCAACCUUAACUAGGUAGGCGAAAGGGGCGCUUUCAGCAGAAAUCUCCCGGCGGACCAGUUUUUGUGGCAACCAUGGCCCUCUUCAGGAACCUACUAUGCGCUUCGUGUCUCUUGGCGUGCGUUCUUUUCUGGGCACCAGCGGUUGAGGCAGGCCCCCGCGACGUCAUUUUGCUGAACUUGACCAUCUUCCAGACGCACCAGCUUCUGGGUGACCCCACCGUCUACUUCCAAUGCUCCGAUAACGACACCCAAAUAUACCUUUCAGACAUCGAUGACGAGAAUCAGCUGUUCUCCUUCAACGGCCACGAAUCCUUUCAGCCCCUCACCACUCUUCCCACCGAGCAGUGCAAGCGUUGCGGUUUUUACAACGAGCGGUGGCUCAUUCCCGAUGCCACCUUUGCGGAAUGGGAGCUUUGCCCGUUGGACUUUGCGCCGAACGGAACUUUGGAAAAGUAUGUGGGACAUGAGUUUGACGCAAUCUUCUACUGCCAAGAAUGCUCGGGAGUGCAAGCACCGGCGCCGGCGCCGCAGGUGCCAGUUGUUCUGACGCCCACCGCAGUUACCUCAUCAUUGGCGGGAGCUCCUUCGACAGUUGCGAGCCCGAGCCUUGUGGGCAGCAACACGAGCGCCUUUCCUGCGCAGCCCACGCUCACGGUGCCCCAGACUCACAAAAGUUCCGGCCUCAGCAGUACAAUGCUCGCUGUGAUUCUCGUCAUAGUGGGCCUUUGCGUGGCGGGAUUGUUACUCGUCUUUGUCGUGUUCUAUUUCCGGAAGAAGGCCAAGCGGGUGCACGAGCACGAGAAAGCGGUGCAGGAGUUGGCUUACGUGGAAGAUGACCUGAAGGCGGGCCAGCUCGAGAAGGGGCUGCCGUGAAACCGUACGGAAGAGGGUAAAGGUAACGGGGGGGUGUAGAGUAUGUUAUGAACGAAGUUGUUUUGGAGCCGACGCUUGACGCGGUUCUUGUUGGUUGAAAGCUUGGAGCGUGUACGUGUACCGUCGUAGUUGGGUAUCCGUCGUGAUGCAAGCAGUUUAAACAGCUCGCUGUAUGAUAGGUCAAGAUCAAUAGAGGUUGUUCGUGGCUCCGGGCAACGGCUGCAGUAAGUGCUGCUGGUCAUACGUGGCCGGAAUUUGCUUAGGUAGCUGGUUGGAGGAUGAUGUUAGGUCAACCUUAAAAGAGCAGUCAUUGCCCCGCACCGUGAUUAUGCACUCUUAACGAAAACAUCUGACGAGGACAUUUUGCCACUGAUUUGGGCACAGUAGGGCUGUAGAUGCUGGCACGCGUGCGGCGGGACUUGUCUGCAGUCAGUCGUUUGUCCUCGAUGAGGCAUUGAAUCAUAUCAGUGCUCCCUUCGUAUCUUGCAUCGUUGGCUGCUGCCUUGGGGGUUGUUUAAUUCGGACUUGAGCGCGCUUGUGAUAAUCUCAAACUUCCAGGGCAGGUUCAUGUAAGGUUGUCGAUAUCGAAAGUUGCAGACGCAGUUGUUUGAAGAGCUUCGAUCAGAUCCUCGAGUCGACGGUCU